AUGACGCAGCCCAUUGGCGUCGCCAUCAUCGGCAGCGGCCUCUUCGUCAAGGCCGAGCAUCUCCCGGCCGUCCUGGGCAACGCCAGGCUCGACCUCAAAGCCCUCUACUCACUCUCGCUCAAGUCGGCCCAAGAGACGGCCGGCCAGAUCAAGGACGCGCCCCAGCCGGCCCUCUACGCGGAAGACUCCCCCGGCAGCAAGUACGCCGACCUCCUGCGGCGGGAGGACGUGCAGGCCGUCAUCGUCGCGCUGCCCAUCGUCUCCCAGCCGGCGUACGUGCGGGCCGCCCUCGCCGCGGGCAAGCACGUGCUCGCCGAGAAGCCCAUCGCCGCGGACGUGGCCACGGCGCAGGACCUCAUCGCGUUCCACGAGAGCCUGGCCCCCGGGCGGCCGAUCCUCGCCGUGGCCGAGAACGUGCGCUUCGCCCCGCGGCUGCUGUACGCGGCCGGGCAGGCCGGCGCCCUCGGCAGGGUCACCCACUUCUCCGUCCGGGUCGCGGGCCUCACGGGCCCGGACAACAAGUACUACGGGACGAGCUGGCGCGCGAGGCCGGCCCACCAGGGCGGGUUCCUGCUCGACGGGGGCGUGCACCACGCCGCGGCGACGCGGCUGUUCCUCCGGGGCGAGGGGGACGCGCCCGCCGCGGUGAGGGCGUACACGGGCCUGACGCGCGGGCACCUCGCGCCCAUGGAUACCGUGACCGCCCUCGUCAGGACCGAGUCCGGUGCUGUGGGCACCUACUGCCACUCUGCGGGGACGCUGGCGAGCGCCUUUGAGUGGGAUGUUGCCUGCGAGAGGGGCGCCGUCCGGUCCGACGGGGACCUGGUGACGGUGACGGGGGAGGACGGGACCAAGGUUGAGACGAGGUUUGAGCGGACGAGCGGCGUGCGGGAGGAGGUGGACGCUUGGGCGGGCAGCAUCCUGGACGGCGGGGGCGAGGCUGCGCCGAUGCAGAGCGCGCGGGAGGCCUUGGCCGAUUUGGAGUUUUUGGAGGCCAUGUUUGCGAGUGGUGCCGAGGGCGGCGAGGAGCGGCGGCUCGUGUUGCAGAGGUGGUGA